AUGUGGGAUCUGCCCACCCGCCGUUCCAUCGGAUGUAUUUACAUUGCCGACUAUGUACCAGACGAAAACGAUCAGGCCAUCAGUCUCCCGCAGCAUUAUUAUAUCGCUUCAAUGACCUGCUGGAGAGAUCCCUCGUGGGAUGCUCGCAUGAGUCGUUGGAUGCUCGACAAGUAUACUCAGGCGGCGAAGGUUUCGUGCGGGCAAUACAUUGCCGAUUUUGAUGUAAAUCAGAGGAUAACACCGGUCCUCAGCGACACUGCCUUGAAGAAAUUCCUUGCCAUUCGUCAAAAAUGGGAUCCAGAGGAUAUGUUUGUCGGCUAUCGCGGAUUCAGUGGACUUGCUGCCGUUCCUGCGAGUGUGUAA